AUGAUCGAGUUCUUCAAACGAUUGCGCCAGUACAACCUCAAGCUGUCUCCUGGGAAAGCUCGUGUUGGUGCCACUCACGCCAACUUCCUCGGACACACCAUCUCCCCGGCUGGCGUUAGCCCGGACGGCGUCAAGGUUCGAGCACUCACGCACAUGCCACCGCCGACGAAUGUCAAACAGCUCCGGAGCCUUCUCGGUGGACUCAGCCACUACAGGAAGAUUCUCAAGAACCUCGCCACCAAGGUACGGCCCCUCAACGCACUUCUCAAACAAGGUGUCCUCUUCAAGUACACCCCGAGCAUGAUCAAAGUUGUCAAGACGUUGUUGAGCGAACUCACGCGCCCUCCGAUUCUAGUUUUUCCUGAUUGGGCGGCGGUCGAAGACAACAGCCGUCCUCUCCGGUUAUGCUCUGACGCGUGUAUCGAUGGCUUCGGCGCCUCUUUAGAACAAGAACAGCUGGAU